CUCUCGUAAUUUUAACGAUUUUUGUAACAAUUUCUUGAUUAAUCGUGCCAGCGAUCAUAGCCCCAGAAUGCCGUUCAAGCGUUCCAACAUGCGGUACGGCCACAUCAUAGGCUACACCGGCGUCACGUACCAGGACGAUGGCGACCGUAUCAUCUCGAUCGGCCAGGACGGCGACAUCCGCAUCUGGGACGGGGUGUACGACGAAGACCCCACGACGUCCUGCCUGGCGGAGAGCAUCUGGGCGGUGCUGCACAGUGGGUCGCGGAUUUUGGUCGCGACCGAUCUGAACACGGUCCAGGCGUACAAGUACCCGGAGCUGGAGAAGGACGGCAUCGAGUUUCGGUUCACGGCGUUCGUGACGAGCUUGGCGCGGAACGAGCGCUUUCUGGCGGCGGGUUCGGAGGACGGGACGAUCAAGGUGAAACCGGUCGACGGGGACGAGUUCGAGCUGGGGGGGCUGGAUGGGCCGGUGCUGAGUAUGGACGUCAGUCGGAAGGAUUUGCUGGCGGCGAGCUGCGGGGAUGGUCAGCUUAGGAUUUGGAAGCUGAACGGGAAGGAUUUGGUGCAGACGUUCGGUGGGCUGAGGAAGGUGAAGAGCUUUGAGGGGAACGUUUUGUACGGCACUCCGGCGUUUGAACCAUCGCGGGGUCAUUUGCUGGCGUACCCGAAAGAUCAGGGAAUUGUGGUGGUCGACACGAGCUCGUGGGAACAGCGGAAGGUGCUGAAACAUCCGAAAAUUUCGGCGAACUUUUCCAGAUGUGCGUUUUCUCCGCGGGGGGAUUAUGUGGCCGCCGUAACGGAGAAGGGUGACAUUGCUAUUUGGGAGUACAAGACGGAGAAGCUAAUUGAGGGGGAGGUUGCCGCAUCGGAACCACAUCCAAUCAUUGGUUUGGCGUGGCAUCCCAAGAACAACGGAGAGCUGGUGAUUUGCGACGAUCAGGGCCAGGUUGGGGAAGUGAAGGAUGUUUUCGAGUCGCUGGACGAUGGAAAUGAUUUGAUGGAGAUGGCGGAGAGGGAAGCGAACGGGGACAUGGAGUUGGACAAUGAUAUGGACGUCGAGGACAUUUAUUCAAAGUACGUCGCAGGUGAGAAACCCGUCGAGGACGAAUCGGACGACGAUGACGAGAACACAAUCUCGGUGAACAAGCUCAAGAGUCAGUACAUGGUGCCGGAAGCGGAUGAUGACCUGUUCGUGGAUAUGCUGGGCAAGGCGAAAGCGGAAGAUCACGACGACGAGGACUCGCGAUCGGUCGCGAGCGCAAAGGUUGUGGCGAAAUCGUUCCACAUGCAGGAAUACUUUCAACCCGGAUCGACGCCUGUGAACUUUGAGAAUCGGUACAUGUGCUACAACCACGUGGGCAUCAUUCGAGCGCACCGGAGUGUAAGUGAUGAGAAAGAAAACUCGAUUGAGGUGGAGUUUCACGACUCGAGCAAACAUCACGGGAUUCAUUUGAACAACUAUUUGAACCACAAGGUCGCUGGACUGAGUGAAACCGUGGUGGCGAUGGGUUGCGGUUCCGAAGUCGAGAACAAGGGAAGCAAGCUCGUCUGCAUAAAUCUGGUUUCUUUCGGGAAUCGUGAGUGGAGUUGUACGAUGCCGGGGACGGAAGAAAUUAUUGGAGUUGUCGCGUCGGACAAGAUCGUCGUGGUUGCCACUGAUGAACGAUUCUUGCGGAUUUUCACCACUCGAGGAACUCAACGCGAAGUCCUGUCCGCGCCAGGCCCUCUCGUAGCAAUGGCCGCCUUCGGAGAUCACUUCCUGGUCGCGUACCAUCGCUCGCCGGCCAACGAAGAUCAGCAGCUGAACCUGAUGAUCGUGACCUGUGUCAAGUACAAACUCCGCUGCCGGGACAUUCCGCUCUGCCUCUCUCCGGGUGCCGAACUUUGCUGGCUUGGCUACUCGGACAAGGGCUCCCCGGUGGCGUACGAUUCCGCUGGCAUCCUGCGGAUCUACCACGCGACCGCCAACAUGUGGUUUCCGAUCCUCGACGCGGACAAGUACAAAGCCGGCGCCUCGGACAAUCUCUUCAUCGUGACCGUGGCGGAAUCGCUCCAGCAGGUGCAGCUGAUCGUGUGCCGCGGGGCCAAAUAUCCCCUCACCAACCCGCGCCCGCUGCCGAUGAAUGCGACCUUCUCGCAGCCGCUGUGCGACGUCGAGGGGGAAAAGGGCGCGCUCGAGGACGUGCUGAUGCGAUCCGUGUACAUCAAGUCGGACGAAGCGGAAACGGUGCUGAAGGAGACCGCCAUCAAGCUGUUUGCUCUCGCUUGCCGUUCGGAGACGGAGCAGCGGGCAAAAGAGCUCGUCGAGACGAUCGGCUCGAGUCAGCUGGUUCCGAUCUUUAUGAAAUACGCGAGCAAAAUCAAGCGGUACCACCUGGCGGAAAGUUUGGCGCCGCUGUUGCCCACCUUCCAGCAGCAGGAACGCGAAGAGGAGCAACAGGAGCUGGAAACGAACCGGGAAAACGCGGCCAUGGUCGCCGAGCUGCAGCACAUCACGGUCGAGGCCGUCACCCGGCGGGACACCACACCGAAAAUUAAACCGAUGCCGAUGGUGAUGCGCAAGAACCCGUUCAAGCGCGCGGACAGUGCGUCCAAGUCCUCGCCGGCGCCGUCCAACCCGCUCGGUCACCUGACCGGCAAGGCCAUCGGAUUCAGUUCGCCCAAAACCGUCGACCCGGAAGAGGUGCCACCCACGCUGGAACCGGAGAACAACGAGAACCAGCCGAAAAACUCCGCCACCGGCCCGAAGUUCAUGCCCUGGUUCGAGGACAACAAGAACCGCCUCAAGGAGCAGCACCCGGACGCGGCGACCGACGCCGAGCUGAUCAAGAUUGGCAUGCGGCAGUUUAAGGCGCAAAACUCGGCGGCGACGACAACACCGCAGGCCGGAACGCCCGCCACCGAGAAGCGCAAGCUGGACGAAACGGACAAGGGCGAGUCCGGGGUGGCCAAGCUGGCCAAGUUUGGCUUCACCAAGAACUGACUCGCUUUUGUUUGUUUAGGUUUAUGCUAUGAAUUGUGUUAUCUGUUAGAAUCUAUUUAGUGAUUACAAGAGACUCGAAAAAA